AUGGCCAUGGAGGAGUUGACGACAGCGGAGGCCUUGAAGCAGCACCUCCGCCUGCUGCACAGCAUCCCUUUGUGCAUUCCAGUACAGCUCCUUCACGAUGGAGAGCCCUUAGAUGAUGCUGUGGUGUUAGAUUCCCCUAUGGAUGUGCAGAUGGUGUUACUGCCAAUCUCCAGCACCGAGAUGAAGCAAGCGGCCAGGGAGCUAUCUGAAUGUGCGGCGCAGGGCCAUUCUGAGGUGCUCCGCUGGCUGUUGCAAGCUGGUGCCGAUAAGGACACCACAGUCAUCGGAAAGACAGCUUUACUCCGAGCAGCCGACACAGGACAGAUUGAGACAGUACGUCUGCUGUUGGGAGCUGGAGCCGACAAAGACAUGUCGGAUGGUAGCAGGAGCACCGCCCUCAUCUGUGCCUGUGGCAAGGGGCAUGUUGAAACGGUGAGCCUUCUUUUGGAGGCCGGUGCAGAUUCUAACUUGCGCGAUCUUUUCGGAGACACAGCUCUAAUUCGGGCAUCCAGCCAGAACCACAUCGAGACCGCGCGUCUCUUGUUGCAGGCCCGUGCAAAAACGGAUUUGACAGACGAAGACAAGAACACAGCUCUUAUUCGGGCAUCUGGCAAGGGCAAUGUGGACAUUGUGCGAAUGCUUCUGGAAGCAGGUGCUGACGAGAACUUAAGGGAUCGGUGGGGGCAUACGGCACUGAUGGACGCAGUUGACGGAGGACAUGCUGAUGUUGCGCACGUGUUGCUUGAAACCCAGUCUGACAAUGACCUGCGAAACUUUGCUCUUAUUCAAGCAUCGCGCAGAGGCCAAGUUGACAUUUGA